UAAAAUAACAGACAAAAAAAACAUUGAAUCUAGUGGACCCUUAUUAAAUAUAGUUAAACAUCUUUUCUUUCCCGCGCGCACACACACACAAAAUGACACAGGAUAUUAUGCCGCUGCUGCACUCCGUCACACCGCUCGACCUCAAACAGCUCUCCCGGCAGCAGAAGGUAGAGCUGCUCCACCAGUACCGUACCGAAAUGUACCACAACGCGAACGCGGUUCUUUUUUUAGCAACCGAUCUCCUUGCCGGGGGGUCAACCGGGCUCAGCACCCUCGAGCUCUACGAGGUAUAUGAUCAGAUUCUUGUGGCUUUGUUGGAGUGCGGCAGGGCGGCGCACGCGCGGCGGUACUUAAACCUUUUGGAAAAGCGAUUCGGCCACAAAUCAACGCGGGUUAUGCUGCGUCGUGGGAUGUGCUUGGAGGCGGAGGGGAGCAUUGAGCAAGCCAAGGCGGUUUACGAGGCCGUCCACAAGGCGAGCCCGACGAACGACUUUGCCAUCAAACGGCUCAGUGCAGUCUACAAGGGCCAGGGCGAUUACCAAGCCGCCAUCAACAUUCUGGAAAAGGAUAAGGUAUUCACCGACGAGGAAGGGAAGACUUACACCUUUCUUGAAGUUCACCGUGGAAGCGCCAUCUUGGUAUACAAGGAGCUGAGUAACUUGUACUACCUCAUAGGCAACUUGGAUAAGGCGAUCGAAUACAUUGAGGAGGCGAGUCUGUUUGAGGCUAAUUCGUAUUUCUUCCACACACGCCUGGCGGAGCUCUAUUACAUGAAGAAAGAUCUUCGGCGCGCUGUCGUGGAGUACUCACAAUCUCUGAUUCUGAAUCAGAAGCCCAACAACUCCCGAUCGGCAUACGGCCUUUAUCUAGUGGUUAAUGAAAUUCUUAAGAAUCAUCAAUCCGGAGUUCAACGGCUGGAGGGAGAAGAGGAGGCUCAAAUGCGUGAGCUACGAGAUAUGGCGGCGGACACCAUGCGAUGCAUGUACGCAGGAAGUCCUACAUUAUCGUAUCUCGAGGCAUUUUUUCAGCGAGAGUUUUAA